AAUUUAUGUAAGCAAUAAUGUGGUUAUUUAAUUUUCAUUAGAUUUCUUUAUAAUUCUCUCUUUGACUAUCUUUUGUUGUGGCUAUCUUAUGUAGAUUUUAGAGACAAAGGAAGAUCCACAAUGCACGUCACUAGUGUAUUUUUUGUUUGUCUCUUAUUCAUGUUGGCAUCGAAGGGCGAAACAACAAACACAAAUUCUUCAGAUCAAUUAGUAUUCCAACAUUUUCAUGCAGCUCAAAUUCACAAACACAAUGUCUUUCUUAGUUUUCGUGGUCUAGAUAUUCGUGAUGGUUUUCUUGCCCAUUUGAUUGAAGCUUUGUCUCAAAAGAACAUAACUUUCUUCGUAGACGAUAAGAUUAUAAAAGGAGAUGAAAUAGCAGAGUCACUUGUUGAAGCAAUUGAAACAUCAUCGAUUUCUUUGGUGAUAUUCUCUGAAAACUAUGCUUCUUCAUCGUGGUGUUUGGAUGAGAUAGUCAAAAUUGUUGAAUGUAGAGAGGAAAAGGGACAGGUUUUAUUGCCUGUUUUCUAUAAAGUGGACCCCACAAUUGUGAGGCAUCAAAAUGGAACCUAUGUAAUUGAAUUUGCUGAACACGAGAAAAAAUACAGUUCGAGCAGGGUGCAACGGUGGAGAUCUGCUUUGAAGAAAUCAUCGGCUAUCAGUGGGUUUCAUUCAUCAAAUUAUGUAAAUGAGGCAGAGCUUAUUAAAGAAAUAGUUAAAAAUGUGUUGAAGAGGUUGGAUCAUGUACGUCAAUUUAGUUCAAAACAACUUGUUGGAGUUGGAAAACAAAUUUCACGAGUGGAAUCAUUGUUAGAAGAAGAUUCACAAAAUGUUCGUGUUAUUGGAAUAUGGGGGGUGCAUGGUAUAGGUAAAACAACUAUUGCACAUGUGAUAUAUGACAGGCUCUAUUCUGAGUAUGAUGGUUCUUACUUCAAGGCUGAGGUAAGAAAAGAAUGGGGAACACAUGGAGAUGUGUACUUAAAGAAAGAUCUUCUUUCUAAUGUAUUAGGGAAAAAGGAUUUGAAAAUUGAUACACAAUAUGGAUUGCCCUAUUUUGUUGAGAGGAGGCUUCGUCGUAUGAAGGUUCUUAUUGUUCUUGAUGAUGUCAAUGAUCCACAUCAACUAGAAACUUUAAUUGGAAACCUUGAUUUGUAUGGUAAAGGUAGUAAAAUCAUCAUAACAACCGAUGACAAGCAAGUACUUACCAAGAUGGUUGCUGCUAAGGAUAUAUAUUAUGUUAAGCCAUUAGACACUAAUGACUCUCUAAGUCUUUUCAGUUUGCAUGCCUUUGAACAAAAUCAAACAUAUGAAAUGGAGUACUAUGAGUUGUCUAAGAUGAUUGUCAAGUAUGCCAAUGGAAUUCCACUUGUUCUUAAAAUUUUGGGUCAACAUCUUCAUGGACAAGAUAAAAGUAUAUGGAAGAAAAAACUAAAGACGCUUAAAAAAGCUCCAAUUAAAUACGUUCAUGAUAUUAUCAAAUUGAAUUACAAUGAUCUAGAUCGUCAUGAGCAGAUGAUAUUUUUAGACAUUGCAUGUUUUUUUGAUGGACUGCAUCUCAAAGUUGAUGACCUAAAUCUGUUGUUAAAUGAUGGUGGUUAUUCAAUAGGUUUUGAGCUAGAAAAACUGAAAAAUAAAGACCUUAUAACUAUUUCUCCAGAUGAUGUUGUAUCUAUGCACAAUAUUAUACAAGAAUCAGCUUGGCAAAUUGUUCGCGAAGAAUCCAAUUAUGAUGUUGGACAUCAAAGUCACCUACUUGAUCCUUCUGACAUUUAUGAAGUACUUGAAAAUAACAAGGGGACUAACGCGAUUAGAAGCAUAUCUACCGAAUUAUCAAUAAUUGAUGAUCUGAAGAUAAAUCCCAAAGUGUUUUCCAAGAUGAACAGACUACAAUAUCUGGAUAUUAAAAGUAAAGGAUACAAUUUUUACGUGUUUCUUCAAUUUCCAUUGAACUUGUAUCUUCCUCAAGGGCUUGAAUCUUUGCCAAACGACCUCAAAUAUCUUCGUUGGUCAUAUUACCCUCUGGAGUCUUUACCUUUUAAGUUUACUGCGGAGAAACUUGUUGUGUUGAACUUGCAGUAUAGCCAAGUGAGAAAACUUUGGCAUGAAGAGAAGGAUGUUAUGAAUUUAAAGGAUCUAAUAUUGAGUUCAUCUUUAAACCUUGUGGAGCUUCCAGACUUGUCAAAGGCUAAAAAUCUUGCAACUAUCGAUCUUCGAGCGUGUGUACGGUUGACUAGUAUACAUCCAUCAGUGUUUUCUCUCAACAAGCUUGAGAAAUUGGAUCUAAGUGAAUGUUUUUCCCUCACAAACCUCAAAAGCAACAUCCAUUCAAGUUCCAUCCGUUAUCUGUCCCUUGCUGGUUGUACUGCACUAGAGGAGUUCUCAGUAACCUCAAAGGAAAUGGUAAUUUUAAAUUUAGAAUUCACAGGUAUUAGAAAGCUACCAUCAUCAAUUGGACUACAAAAGAAACUUGAAAAGUUGAUUCUUUCACACACUUACAUUGAGAACUUGCCUAAGAGUAUCAAGCAUCUUUCAAUGCUGAGACAUCUAGAAUUACAAAAUUGUUCGAACCUUCAAAGUCUACCAAGGCUUCCGUCAUCAUUGAUAACUCUAGAUGUCAGUGGUUGUGUAACAUUGGAGGAUGUAACUUUCCCUUCAAUUUCUCUUCAAAUGUCAAAGGAAAACAAGACAAGGGUUGCCUUUUGGAAUUGCCUGAAACUGGAUCAACAUUCUCUUAAAGAAAUAGAAUUGAAUGCACAGAUUAACAUGAUAAAACUUGCACACAAGCAAAUAUCUACAUCUGGUGAUGAACACGAUUAUGAUGCUCAAGGCACAUACGUGUAUCCUGGAAGCAGUGUUCCAAAAUGGAUGAUAUAUAGGACAAAAAGUGAUUCCAUGAUUGUUGAUCUCUCUUUUGUGAAUCAUUCCUCAGAUCAAUUGGCCUUUAUUUUUUGCUUCAUUAUUCCACAAAUCAAAUCACGGGGUUCCAUUUUGAGAUUUAAUAUUAGUGUUGACAGCGAAGAUGAAAAUAUUCAACUAUACUUUGAUAGACCUAGUCUUGGAAUUAAAUCAGAUCAUGUGUAUCUAACGUAUGACCAAGGUUUGUCUCGGUAUCUAAAUAGUCGGCUGAAAAAUCAUUCAAAUUUCAAAAUUAAGGUUACAAUGGAAUCAGGAACACCGAUAUCAGGGUAUAUGGUAGAAAUGUUGUUGAGAGGAGUAGGGGUCAGCCCAUUAAAUAGCUCACAAUAUCUCAAUUUCAUCCAACACAUGGAAAUUAUUACUGAAGGUCCAAUUUAUUUACAGAGUAGGGUGGUUCAUAUACUUUUCACAAUUUGCAUAGGAUUAGUUAUAGGUUUUUUAUGCUACUAAAAUGUUUCUAAAUUGAAUGUUGCAGUAUUACUAUGCUUUUAUAUUCAAAUAAUAGUAUUUAGUAUUUUAUUUUGGUAGUCAAAGUUUGAACCUUGAAUAUAUAAUAAAUUAUAUAUCUGCUGCCGAGGCAUUUCUCAAUAGCAGUCGCGAAAUUAAAUUAUAUAUCCAUAAAUUCAUAAUGAUAUAUUACACUUUUGAAUUUCAUAUAUGUAAGUAUCGAUCCAAAUGCUGAAACUGGGAAGAACUUGUUCUACUAUUUUGUUAGUUUGGAGAAAGAGAUCCAAGAAAAUAUGAAGUCUAUGGCUGAAUGGGGGACCUGGUUGAUCAAACUUUGAAGGAUUUGUCUACGAACAUGGUUUUCUACUUUUGGUUUCUAUAUAUAUGUCACUCUACAUCAAAUUUUUAUUAAUUCUUCAGCUGCCUCUUGUAUGAAUGAGGCACAUAUAAUAGGCGUCACUAAUUGACCGAAUGGAUUGAUAAUCAUAUGCAAUAUUUUAAUUUCGAACAUGUUUUUAUCCUUUUUAGAAUGUUCUAUUCAUGUUUGAUCUUGACAUUUUUGUCUUGACCAUGAGAUUAUCUUUACUAAAAAGACUUCAUUCAAAAAACUUUCUUUUAAUCUGAACUAAAUU